GCAGUAAUAGAGAACAUAUCAAUGACAAAGUAAACCGAUUGAAUUGCCUGUCAUCGCCGCCGCAAACUAAAAAUAUUGUUUGAAAUUAGAUGUAAAAACGUUAAAUCGAAUUAUUAUCAAGCAUUUCGUUUUAUAAACAUUCACAAACAUGAGUUCAAUCGGAACGGGUUACGAUCUUUCUGCUUCACAAUUUUCGCCUGACGGCCGAGUCUUCCAAGUGGAAUACGCCGCUAAGGCUGUCGAGAACUCUGGUACAGUAAUCGGCCUCAGGGGGAAGGAUGGUGUGGUGUUUGCCGUGGAAAAACUGGUGACGUCAAAGCUGUAUGAACCUGGUGCAAACAAGAGAAUAUUCCAUGUCGAUGAACAUGUUGGUAUGGCAGUCGCUGGUCUCAUCUCCGAUGCAAGACAGAUUGUUGAAACAGCUCGUUCUGAAGCCUCCAACUACAGAUCUCAGUAUGGAUCCCAAGUACCGCUCAAGUACUUAAACGAGCGUGUGUCUAUGUACAUGCAUGCUUACACACUGUACAGUGCUGUACGUCCUUAUGGCUGCUCGGUUGUCAUGGGAACGUGGAAUGAUUACGAAGGCCCUCAGAUGUACAUGCUUGAUCCCAGUGGAGUUUCAUUUUCAUACUUUGGAUGUGCAGUAGGCAAAGCAAAACAGGCUGCCAAGACUGAAAUUGAAAAGCUGAAACUUGCUGAUCUCACCGUCAAGGAGCUGGUGAAGGAAGCUGCUAGGAUUAUCUACCUCGUACACGAUGAGCUAAAGGACAAGCAAUUCGAGUUGGAGCUUUCAUGGGUGUCCAAGGACACAAACGGUCGUCACCAGCUCGUUCCCAAGGAACUGGCAACGGAAGCUGAGAACUUGGCCAAGCAGGCACUGGCUGAUAUCGAGGAUUCUGAUGAGGGAGACAUGUGAAUGUAUUUAGAUAAUAAAUUUUUAUAAUAUUAA